UCACAAUCCUUUACACAUGUUUUGGUUCGUUCAGAACUGUUUAUAUUAUGUAGCUGUUUAUCUUGGCAUUUAAAUUUUCUGAAAUGGCGAAGAAAAGAUGCCCCAAAUGCCAACAAACUGUAAGUAAAUACUUGUGUUUUUAAUAAAUAAUAUUUGACUCGCAUUAAAGUGUAUUUUAUUGAAAAAAUUCAUUUGUAUUCCGUACGUAUAUUCAUGAAUAUAUUUAAUAAUGCAAAAAUUUUACUGUAAAAAGUAUGUUGUUUAUAAAAUAUAAACAUUUUCGUUUUUGUAGGUUUUAAAUUGUAUUUUUAUGCCAUUUUAAUUCCAUAAUUGGGAAUUGGCACACUAGCUUAUAGAAAUUACUAUAAUGCGAUUGAAAAUUUAGUCGAUUUGAUAUAUAUUAAAAUGAAAUUUAUAAAAUUUAAUUAAUGUUAUCAAUAAUUUGAUCUUUUUAGCUUCCUGUUGCCUGCAAGUCAUGCCCGUGUGGCCAUAUAUUUAUUGCCAAGAAAUGUUCAACAUCUAAAGAUUCAGAUGGUAUGUUGUAUUUAUUAUUGUUUGUAUAUAUUUAACAAUUUGAAACAAUUUCUAGGUUAACCCAUCAAGCUGCAGAGCUUCCCCAUUGACAAGUAAAAUCAUCUGGCAUUAGACAAGUAGAAAAAAAUAAGUAGUGCGCACUAGGGCUCAUUCUGGCUCAAUGGGUUAACUAGAGAUAUUGUCAGAUGUUUUGGUUUUAACCACUGUCCAAUGCAUUACUUUAAUUUUCCAGCUAUAAAUCUAGGGGUUUGAGAUGCAUGUCUCAAACAUUUGUACACAACACUAUAACCUUCACAGUUCUUAACCCAUUGAGUGGCAGCACUCUCCCCUUGACGAGUAAAAUCGUCUGGCGUUAGACAGAGUAAAAUAAUAAAGUAGGGCUCAUCAGGGUGCAUUGCCACGUAGAGGGUUAAAAACAUCAGAAAAUGUUUAAUAAGUAUCACAAUAUUAACAGGAAAAGGCUUUUUUAAGGCCCUAAAUGUCACACCCCCAAAAAAAAAAGGAAAAAUUCAGAUCCCAGCCCUGGGUGGGUGCUGGAAACUAUGCCCUGUCCACUCACAGCCCUUAUGUAGAACUUGCACCUGUAAUCAAGAAAUUAGCUAACCUAUCUGUACAGACAAGUAUAAAUUUCUGGUUGUAGCAAAGAGAAGUAACAUAUCAGUAUCAGUGACAAGACUGAGGCCAGAAAGACCCAAACGAGAAAUCCCAGAUUAUGAAUACCGAGAUGAUUACACUCGGAUAUCGGUCGGCAAUGGUGAUGCACAGCUUAAGACGAUUUCCAAGAGAAUGAAGUUGAUCGGUGAAGACGAUUAUGGUGAUGAUGAUGAGGAUGUUUUUCUUGAUGGGAAAGCUGGAUAUGAUAGAUCAGAUAGCGUUGAAGUAGGUUGAUUCAAUUAUUAUAACUAUACAUAUUUUAUUCAUUUAAUUAGAUAGAGUAGUAUAGGAUUGUAAUGGAUUAACUUAUAAUUCUAAUAUAACUUUAGUCACAGACAGGUCCAGUAAAGAGAAAAAGAGGAAGGCCAAAGGGGUCAAAAAAUAAACCAAAAGAUGAUCAGAAUUUUAUGGCUGAUUUAUCUGAAGAUAAUGAAGAUGUAAGUGUUCCUGAUGAUGUACAACAUAUGUUGUCAUUUGUGUCCUUUUAUAGUUGAAAUUAAAAACUUUAGAUUUGACUAUAUACGAGUGAAAGAUUCAUCAUUUGCUUUGCACACCAAUCACACUAUAUUCUCUCGCAAUGUCACCAGACCUUAUGUGGCUAAUCUUACCGUUCUGGUUGUUUUUUUUAAGAGUGAACGUAAAUCUGAUAAAGCAAACAAUGCAAAGAAAAUCUAUCAACUUCCACCAAUACCAGCAGAAAAAGUAAUGAUGUAUUCUCUCAUUCUCUCUGAUAUCAAUGAGAGAUUUGUAUCACAGAACAGAAUCAAGUGUUUGCCAGGUUUAUGAUAGCAGGUGAAUUUGUAUGCGUGUGUGAAUGUCUAGACUGUAUUCAUGUGUAUAAACUCCACAGUCCGCACAGCACGAUGCGUAAUUAUCGGCACAUGAAAACUGAUGUCACGCUUUUCGUUCGAAGGAGUCUGAUAUUGGUGAAAAUAGUUCAACCUUGUUCCCAGGCUCUCUCCUCUAUGAAUAAGCUUUCGUUAAUGGGGAUGCAACCAUAGAGAUUAUAAAUAACACUAGAGGAGGCAUCGAGUUUAAAAAUUGGGAACGCAGCUAAUGGGGGGCAAAUUCAAGUCCCGGAU